CGUGUUGCGAAGUCUCACCUUCAAUUUGUUUUUUGUCUUUUUCAGCUGCAGGAACAGACCCAGUCACCCUGUUGCUGCCUCCUCCUCGUGUCUGAGGACACUCACCAGCUGUUCUGCCAGGUUGUCGGAGAUAAAGUAUUAGAAGAAGAGAUCAGUUACCCACUGACGUUCGGACAUUUGGGGCAGGUUGUGGAUAAGAAGAAAUCGAUUGUCCUGCAGGACAUCAGUUCGGAGGAGCACAAGCAGCUGAACAACAUGUUGGGCUUCGAGGUCCAUUCCAUGCUCUGCGUCCCAGUCAUAAGCCGAGCGACGUCGCAGGUGGUGGCCUUGGCGUGUGCGUUCAACAAACAAGGAGGAAA